AUGCAGCUGUCAUCCUUCAAAACUCUUUCAUUUGUCUUAGAAGGCCGCUCCAAGGACAAGCUUACUGCACAGGGGAGAGAAUUCAAGGACAACAACACCGGAAUCGUCAUUCACAAUUGCACCCUCACUUCAGCACCGGAAUUCAUUCCAUACAAAGCAACAGUGAGGACCUAUAUUGGGAGACCAUGGAAGGAAUUUUCACGAACAAUAAUUAUGCAAUCAUUUCUAGAUGACCUAAUUGACCCUGUUGGAUGGCUAGAAUUUAACGGUACAUUUGCUCUAUCAACUUUGUAUUAUGCUGAGUAUGGAAAUUUUGGACCCGGAGCACAUACAGAAGGUAGAGUCAACUGGCCUGGCUACCUCCUCCUUACUGAUUGCAAGGAUGUAGAGAAUUUCACAGUAAAAAAUUUCAUCUGUGGUCUCCUUGGUUAG